GGUAAACAGGCUUCAUUUAUGGAAAUUCUUAGUGUUGAGAAAUCAUUGCCCCUUCGGUAAUUUCAGCAAAUGUCGAGAAAAGUCUCUGUUCGUGUUUUGGAUGGUUUUAGUUUGUUGUCCAGUCUUAAAACCAAGGACAUGCCUUGUCACAAAUCACAAUCAAAUCAGAGGUUGGAUCACUGUGAGAUGUAUUCCUUCUAUGACAAUGAUGGAGAAGAGUUUUACAACCCAAAUACGCCAACACUUAUGCCCAGUGAAGAUAUAUGGAAAAAAUUUGAGUUGCUGCCAACACCACCACGUUCUCCAAGACGUGAUGGAAUUCUUGAUGAAUUUUCGGAUAUAGCAGAUUUCUUCGUUAAUGAUAGUAGUUUGAAGCUACCAAAUUUACCAUUUCCAGAGACGCCACCUCUCAAUUCCAGCUUGUGUUCGAAACUUAUUCAGGAUUGUAUGUGGUCCGGAAGUCAUACACUUUCCAGUUGUUCAUCCACUGAGAAACUUGGUUCCGUGACAGCACCUACCAGUGGUGAUUCUUUGGACCUAUCUAAUACAUCGGACUGUGUAGAUCCUGCAGCAGUGUUUCCAUACCCAAUCAGUGACACUCAGAUUCACAAUUUAGGGACCGAGACUCCCUCAGAUUCAGAGGAAGAAAUCGAUGUUGUGUCCACACCAGAUGACUCUGCACUUCCUGCUCCAAGCUGUCAUACAGUUUUCAACACUGGAAAUAUCAAAACUGUGACUGUGACAACCGAAAGUACCAAACCUAAAGUACAGCCUAAAUCUGUUCAGUUGGUCAUAGAGUGCCCUCAAGUGACGGGGCAUCACAAUUACAGUCUCACACAUUCUCAAGCAUACAAAAGAACUCGAUCUGUGUAUCACCAAACACACUUUGUCCCCAAAAGGAUUAAACGUGAACUCAGUUUACCAGAUUUAAAAUCUGCUUGCAAAAAACUAAAUGCAGCAAGAGACAGUGUCAGAAACAAUUCCGAUUCAGAUGAAUUUUGUGAAGGUGUAAAACGGACACAACAUAAUGUUCUGGAAAGGAAACGUAGAAAUGACUUGAAAUAUAGUUUUUUCACGCUGCGGGACAAUGUGCCAGAUUUGAAUGACAAAGAUAAGGCACCAAAAGUGUUAAUUCUGAAAAAGGCUGCAGAUCAUAUUUUAGAAUUGAGGAGGCAAGACGUGAAACUUGCCAAAGAAUUGACUGUUGUCAAGGAUAGACAUGAAGCUCUUCGCAAGACCCUGUCAUGUUUACGGCAUUAAGAGGCUGUGUAAUUAUGUGUGUAUGUAUGUAUAUAUAUAUGUAUGUGUGUGUAUAUAUAUAUAUAUAUAUAUAUAUUAUGUGUGUGUAUAUGUGCAUAUAUCAGCGUUCGAAAUAAGCACUUUUCAGUUUGUCCUGACAAGUAAAAAUCUGCUCGGACAAACAAAAUGCACCUCGGUGCUUGUCCUGUGGACAAGUAAAAAUUUUCAAUGCAGUUUCAUUUUGAGCAACCACAAACAUCAUCCUUGUACUUAAAUAAAUAAAACCCAUUUAUUUGGACAAGUGAAACUAUUUGCAGACAAGUAGAUUUCUAGA